UUGUUACAGACCAGACACGCGAGGGUUUGACCACUUUGACGAGUCUCUGGUUACGCGGAGCUGUGUGGAGCUCAACGUGGACUACAGACACAACUUAUUCAGGAGGACAGUUAACUUUUUAUCCUGAAGAAAUCGGCUCAUUUAGCCACCAAGUAAUAUGGAGAAGGAUUUCCCAUCAACCCCAACUGCUGUCAACACCCAGGGGUCAUGCCCUGACCUGGAUGGACCCUCCCUUCCUUCCCCCAUACAGAUUCCUCCUUCACUCUCCUCCAACAACCUCUCUGCUGCUCCCUCUCACCCCGCCAAAUUUCCAUCCUCCACAGAAACCUUUACAGGACCCAGAAAAUUAUCUUAUUCCUCUCACCCAUUCACCCACACCAUCUCUAAACCAAUGGAUUCCCCUCCUUCUUUAGAGGGGUCAAAGCCCUUAACUCCUGCUGUGUCCUCUAAACCCACAUCUAAAACUGUUUCCACUAAACCCUCCUCUAUUGCUCCAAAAAAAACAUCAAUUGUUACUUCUCCUACCCCUCAAAUGCCCCAAAUUUCAUCCUCUUCCAGCCUCACAUCUGCCUCUUCUACGUCAGCUAGCUUGGCCGGUAACACUCCAGCAGAUUCCCCUCCUUCUUCCUCCACUACUGCUUCCACCAUGGUUCCUGCAUCUUCUUCCUCUGCUCCCAUGAAACGCACCUUUGCAUCCAUGGCUAAGCGGGUGAUAAUACAGGAAAGACUUAGGAAAGCCGAGGAGGAUGCCAGUGAUAAAGAGGAUGAUGAAGAACCAGAGGAAGAUUUGACCGUGGAGCAGAUGGAAGAGAAGGCCAAAGCUGGUGAUGCCAGAGCUCAGACCCGGCUGGGUCAGCACUACUUGAUUCUUGCUGAAGAGAAGGACACAGAGCUAAAUAAUCGUCUGGCUGUUAAUUGGCUGAUUAAAGCAGCUAAACAGGGAAGAAAAGGUGCAGCGAGAGCACUGCAGCGCUGUUGGAUCCAGAAAAAAGGAAUCACUCCGGAAAAUGAAGCAAACAUGCGUAAGUUGUCAACAGAGAGUAAGUUUGAGCUGGCGGUACGUAAAGCAGCCAUGAUGAUGUACUGGAAACUCAACCCAGAGAGGAAGAAGAAGGUGGCUGUGGCUGAGAUGCUGGAAAAUGUCAGCCAGGUCAAUGCAGUGCAGGGUGGCACUGCAAGCAAGCUUCCUGGCCCAACCUCAGGCCAGACCCAGAAAGUAUUGGAAAGCAUGGUCAGCAAUGAGUCCACACAGUUGGUGGACCUGGAUGACUUCGUUGAGAUGACUAAAAAGUAUGCACAAGGUAUUGUCCCCUCUGCGCCCCAAAAUGGCAACCAGGUCACAGCCCAGACUGAAAGCCCUAAACCUCAUGACAGUGGUGGGGAGGCUGAGCUGGUCCCAUCAGGAUACAAGAAAGCCCACAGAAGUGCUUGGAGUUUUGGCCGAAGUGGGAUGAUGCUGGACUCUAAGCAGACUGGGGCCAUAAAAAGAGCCAUGGACAUGAAAUCACGCUUAAUGACGCUGCAGUACCCACUGCAAGCCAUUGUUGAGAUGAAAGAGCACCUGGUCGACUGGGCGUCGCGGGCCGGAGUUCAGUGGCUGAGCACAAUCAUCCCCACGCAACACGUCAACGCUCUUAUUUUCUUCUUCAUCAUCAGCAACCUGACAGUUGACUUGUUUGCUUUUGUCAUCCCUUUGCUUGUCUUCUACCUCUCCUUCAUCUCCAUGAUCAUCUGCACACUGCGUGUUUUCCAGAGCAGCAAGACUUGGGAGAACUUCAGAGCCCUGACAUCUCUGCUGACACGUUUUGAACCUGGCCUGGAUGUGGAGCAGGCAGAGACCAACUUUGGCUGGAACAACCUAGAACCGUACCUGUAUUUUAUCCUGUCCGUUUUCUUCAUAAUUUUCUCCUUCCCUGUAGCUGACAAGGGCUGGAUCCCCUGUUCUGAGCUCGCCACCGUGGCCAUCUUCUUCACUGCUGUCAGCUACAAGAGCCUCAGCCCCACUGCUGCGACGUAUGCACGGCGAGCAAUGGUCAUAGAGGUUGCAUCGUCUCUGUGUUGCCUGACCCAGUUCCUCCCAGAGAACAUGAUAGUGCUUCGUUUCCUGGGACGCACUUUUGCCACACUUCCACUAGGGGAGUCAGUGGUGCUGAAGCUCAGUCUCCCCUGCCUGCUGUAUGUUUACCUGUUCUAUCUGUUCUUCAGCAUGGCCAGGAUGCGUGGUUUCAGGGGGACUUACUGUUUCCUGGUUCCAUACCUGGUGUGCUUCAUGUGGUGUGAGUUCUCGGUGGUGCUCCUCCAGAGCUCCUCUGUUGUGGGUCUAAUCCGCACCUUGGUGGCCUACUUUCUAUUCCUGUUUGCCCUACCUGUUCUGGCUUUUGGCCUUGCUGCCAUGCUCCUCAUCCAGCUCUUCAAGUGGUUCCUCGAGCUGGAACUGACAAAAAUGAUUGUGACCCUGGUAGUUUGUGCGAUCCCUGUCACCCUGCGGCUUUGGACACGGUUCAGCAUGUCUAUUCUGGAUGUCUUCCGCUCACUGACCCACCGCGGCCCAGUCAAGCUCAUCUUACUCUGUAUCUCCAUGGUGAUCCUGUUCUUCUCUAUCUAUGUGUACCAUGCAGAGGGACAGAAGGUGUACAACUCCUCCCUGAGUUGGAGCCAGUACAGCCAGGCAUGCGGGCCCCCUGCCUGGGAAACUAAAGGCAUGGCCCAGACACAGAUCUUCUGUAGCCACCUGCAUGGACACAGAGUCACCUGGGCUGGGCGUUUCAAGCAUGUCCGUGUGGCCGAGACAGAGAACGGGGCACAGUCGGUCAUCAACAUGUUGCCAGUGUUCAUGGGAGACUGGCUGCGCUGCCUGUAUGGGGAGACGUAUCCCAAAUGUGAGCCAAAGAAUGCUACAGUCGCAAACCUAACAGCUGCCUAUUUGGCAGCCAGUUCUGCAUCGGCUACUGUUUCACUGCCCAUACUGCUCCGAAUGCAAGAAGAGGAAGAGCUGUGUCAGACCAAGGCCCUGGCCAAACACACCUGCCAUAUCAAGCGCUUUGACAGCCACCGCUUUGAGGUGACAGUAGGGAUGAUCCGGGAUGGAAGUGUGGAAGCAGAGGAUCCAGCCAGGGAUAUAAUCCUAAUGGCCAGCCAUGAGUUCAGACAAGUUCUGCUAAACUUAAAUCCUGGUAAUAUGGUGGAGUUCAGCACCAAGCUGGAGGGCCGUCUAGGAGCCAGAGCUCCGGCCUUCGAGUUGAAGGCCAUCCACUGUCUGGACUGUUCUUCCUCUCUGCUGACUGGAGGCAGGCAGGUGAAGAUAGAGAGAGACUGGAGACGCACCACAAUGAGAGCCCUGAAGUUUGCAUUUGAUUUUUUCUUUUCCCCCUUCCUGUCAGCAAAAAUAUCUGCCUGAGAAGAAAGAAGGCAAGACAGUGAAGCUGAAGUAAUAAUGACUCUUGAAUGAACUUAUAGUAUUGUUUACAAUUUGAUCCAACAUGGAUCUACAGCUCAUGUUUAUGUAUUUCAACAAGGUGUGAGCAUCUAGGACAUUAUUUAAUACUUUUAAUACUUCCUGUUGCAUGAGUUUACAAAGAUGUUACUAUUUCAGUUUCAUGUACCUCUUAAGCAGUUCAACAAUGGUCAGAUGCCAACUUUGGCUUUAGACUCAAAUCGCUUUGAUUUCCAAAAUCUGGCAAUUUUCAAUUUCCAGUACUGUUUUAAAGAAUUGGACAAAAAACCUGUAAUUCAGUGGUUCUAGAUUAUACACAGGGAACACAGAUAAUGUUGGUUACUGACCACUUCUGAAUGCCUAGAGAUACUGUACAUUUAUUAAAAAUAAAAUAUUAUCAUGGAAUUAUUAUGGAAUUUAUCUUCGAUAGAGCAAUAUUGGAAAGUUUUGUAUUAAGGAAUUUCUUACUUGUAUGGGGAAUAUGUUUGCAUCUACCAUAUGUGUGUACCUUUGUGUGUAUAUACAUAAAAUAUAUAUUUCUGGCUCUGUUAGCCAAAUUGUCUUGCUUUGUGGUCUUAAAACAUUAUGGUCUCAAUCUUGUUUGUUAUCAAUGAUCAGAUUUUCCUGUGGCUUGAGCUACAGUGUACAUGAAAUGGUAUUUGGAAAGCCAACAUAAAAAAGGUAUCCAGUUUUCUUAUGUUUGCAGUGAGGCUGUUUAUGGUAAGCCCACAAACUUGAGUAAGCAGCUGUAGUCUCAGUUUCAUGGUUUGUAUUACACACUCACACUACACACCAAAAGGCCAAAGAUGUCAUGGUCAAUGAUGGGUCUUACUAUUUAUGGUGUUUGGCCAAACCAUGCAACAACUGAAUUUAACUAACUGAGAGGGAUUACUUCUAAAUGUGAUUUUUUUAAUAUAUAAACAUCACUAGUUUUCACAGUCUACAUUGAGUGUUACUCUGGGAAACAAACAUAAAAUCAAAACUAAAUGAGUCUGUUAAUUCCUAGAGUUUAUUUUUAUCUCUGGCUGUUGACAAACCAACAAAACAUUGAACAGUGUUCAUUCCGUAGUGUCAGUGAAAUAGUGUCAGUAGUGGGAAUAUUUUAAUUAUUUGUUUUGCUUCACAGUACAGAGUGGCUUUAUGUCAUGAUAAUUAAUGAUGAACAAAAUAAAUGUCACAGUUUUUAACUUUACUUUUUGUCACCGUGUAUCUCCCCAAUUUGGUGAUUUUAACUUUUUCUGAUAAACUGAAGAAUUAAGUGUUUCUUUAGGGGUUGAGAAAAUUCUCCUACUUCUUAAGCAAAAUAAGCACUUUAAAAAGCAAAUAAUGAAGUCUGAUUAUCUGAAAAAAGCAGUCACAAAGCUGAAAACUGGGCUGUUUUUCUUUGAGAUACAUGGUUUUCUCAGGACAACUACAUUUUACCUGUAAAUGACAAUCAGUGAUGCCUGUAUACUGUGAAUUUGAGUGCCUUCUUUAUUUAGUGAUGGAGUUCAUGGGUAUGUGCAAUGACUAUUAAAAUGUUUGUUUUUCAAACAAAACCCCUUUUGGAUGGUUUUAUUUAGAUUCAUAGUCUGAACGUAUUCUAGUGAAGAGAAAAAAUGGUAUCCCAUUAAAAACAGACACAGACAUAAAGGGAUACUCAAAACACAUUUUUUUGUUAGAUUUCACAUUAUUUUAUUAAUGCACAUUCCUUUCAUUCACCUCAUUCGAGUUAUGUUUUUUGUAUUGUUAGAUUUGUCUUUUUUAAAGUAUGAUAGAUAUACACGCUAGUAGCAUUGAGUAAUGGCAACAUGCUGCUGCUGCUGUGCUCCUGAACACAAAUCCUCUCACUGGUUGUAAGUGGUGAUUAUGAUGAGAUUACAACUGACCUGGUCUAAACUACAGCUCACCGUUGGAGGACUGAGCCCUGGAACUUGUGUAAUGCUUUAGGUGGCCUUUAGGGGGCUUGUCACUAUGUAAACCAUUUCCUUGUGGGUUGUCAUCGUGGAUUUUGCUGUUUUGUACACUUGAUAAAUCAAUCAGUGCAAUAUCAUGUCUGCAUUCAACAACACUGGCAGACAGUGAAGACCAAAACAUAGUAGGGGUUCCCAUUAGAGAACCCCCUAGCCCACAGGCUGUAACAUAAAUGUCCGUGAAUAUUGAUUUGGAAACCAAAGGAAGUGAAAAGC